AUGCACUACCAAGCCGCACUCAACGUCCUGGUGGCCACCAUGGCCCUGGGCAACGUCAACGCCGCCGUCGUCCGCUCCCCCGACACCAGCUCCCUGGACUUGGACAGCAUCAACACCGCCGUCGCCCGCUCUGCCGACGACUUAGUCUCCCUGGACAGGCGCUCGAUCGACUGGAAGGGCGACAGCAAGUGCGCGGCCUGCGCCGCGAUCGUCGAAAAGGGCCUCCUGAAGCUCAUUCAAAAGGCCGACAAGAACGAUUAUUUCGCCGGCAACCUCAAGACAAUCGGCCUUACCAUCGUGGGCGAGGAAAUCUGCAGCAUGGAUAUCCUCUCACAUCUCGGUGGGCCCUUCUGCGGCUCCGGAGAGAGGGAGAAGGAGGAGAUCAAAGCCAUGGACUCUGGCAAGGUGGCUACAGAGGCCGAGGCAGCCGACGCGACCAAGUCCAGCAGGAUCGAAAACUUUGUCGUGUCUCUUGGGCUGGGCGGUGUCUUUGAGAAGGUGGCGGCCAAGUUCGGCCCGCACAAGGUCUCCUCCGCUUAG